UUGGCUGGUCUGCAACUCACCAUGUUAUAUAAAUCAAUCUGGCCUCAAAAGUUAUAGAGAUCCACCUACCUCUGCCUCCCUAGGGCUGAGUUAAAGGUAUGCUCAACCAAGUCUAAUAAGUCACUUUCUUUCCAUAAAAUGUCACCCUUUGUAGAUCUGCAAGGUCUGCUGUCACAUAGUCCUUGUGACCAAUGCUAUAAUUCAUGUCAUUGCCUGCCUUUCUCUUGGAGCCCAGGCUUGAUCUCCAUUAAGGAGUGAGAUCUUGAACCACAGAAAAGAGAGUGGUCAUUUUUGGCAUGUCCAGUUUGGACUGGCACUGGUCACCAAAUAAAGGGGGUAGGGUUUCUGGAUCACCCUUGCCUCCAUUUUCUGAAGAUCCUGAAGGAAUGUGAGUGCCAGCUUCCACUUUCCUCAGGCAAAGAAACCCUUGGAGGAAGCAGGAUGCUCUUGCUUGAGACUGACUGGCCUCAGGCUGUGGUGCCCAGUUACCUGCUGGUCCCUUCAGCUUCAGGCCUCAUACCUCCAGGGAACUGUGUUGGCCCAUCUGCAGUUCUGCCUACAAGAAGAUUUGAUUUGUUUUCCAGAUUGAAAUGAUGUGCCCCCAUCCCAAAUCAGCACUGCAACUAAGCCCUAACACUACCUUGGGCAAGGCAGUCUCACCUUUCCUGAUUAGGCUUGUGUCUUCAGAGAUAAACACAUUGUGAGUGGGCAGGACUGUGGCAGCCCCCUUUCCUGAGUCUGUUCUGGUUCUGUCUUGCCUCACAAUGCUCUCGAUGACCCAGUGGUUCACUGGACAAGAGUCUGGAACCCUUAGAGGAUCUCCAGGCUCAGGCUGAGUGGGACUGGACUCCUGGCGUCUUCAGGCCUUGUCAGAACACACAGGACACUGGUGCAGUUUCGUUCUGAUAUAUGAGACCUGGUCUGAAAAACAACAAAACCCCAAAAUAAAUGGAGAGUGAGACCAAAGAGAGUGAGUCUGAGAGGUUUUCUAAUUUCCAAAGCGGAUUCACGCGGGGCAGCAGGAGCCCAGCGGAGACUGAGCCCGGGAGGCCGGGCGGCGCCAGCACCUUUCAGCUUUCGGGACGGCAGCGGCAUUCAGGUUCUAAAUGGCUUCUAAGAAGUUGGGUACAGAUUUUCAUGGGACUUUCAGUUACCUUGAUGAUGUCCCAUUUAAGAUAGGAGACAAAUUCAAAACACCAGCGAAAGUGGGUCUGCCUAUUGGCUUCUCCUUGCCUGACUGCUUACAGGUUGUCAGAGAGAUGCAGUAUGACUUCUCCUUGGAAAAGAAAACCAUUGAGUGGGCUGAAGAUAUUAAACUAAUCCAAGAAUCUCAGCGAGAAACAGAGCGGAAGGCCGAGGAAGCAGAAGCUAAAGUGAAUUCUAAGAGUGGUCCAGAGGGUGAUAGCAAAGUGAACUUCUCCAAGACUCACAGUACAACCACGAUGCCACCUCCUAUUAACCCCAUCCUUGCCAGCUUACAGCACAACAGCAUCCUCACUCCAACUCGGGUCAGCAGUAGUGCCACAAAGCAGAAAGUUCUCAGUCCACCGCACACAAAGGCAGAUUUCAAUCCUGCUGACUUCGAGUGUGAAGAGGACCCUUUUGAUAAUCUGGAGUUAAAAACCAUUGAUGAGAAGGAAGAGCUGAGAAACAUUCUGGUAGGAACCACUGGGCCCAUAGUGGCUCAGUUACUGGACAGUAACACACCCAGGGGAAGCUCGGGGUCUGUGUUACAAGAUGAGGAGGUCUUGGCAUCCUUGGAGCAGGCAACUUUAGACUUCAAGCCUCUUCAUAAACCCAAUGGCUUUAUAACCUUACCACAGUUGGGCAACUGUGAAAAGAUGUCGCUGUCUUCCAAAGUGUCCCUCCCCCCUAUUCCUACAGUAAGCAAUAUCAAAUCUCUGUCUUUCCCCAAACUUGACUCUGAUGACAGCAAUCAGAAGACAGUCAAGCUUGCGAGCACUUUCCAUAGCACAUCCUGCCUCCGAAGUGGCGCAUCACGGAAUCUCCUAAAGCCUUCCACCCAAAGCAGUGCCAGUGAGCUCAAUGGGGACCAUACUCUUGGGCUUUCCGCUUUGAACUUGAACAGUGGCACAGAGGUGCCAACAUUGACAUCCUCCCAGAUGCCUUCCCUGUCUAUCUUGUCUGUGUGUACAGAAGAAUCGUCACCUCCAAAUACAUGUCCCACAGUAACCCCUCUAAAUUUCUCAGUGUCACAAGUGCCCAACAUGCCUAGCUGUCCCCAGGCCUAUUUGGAACUGCAGGCACUGUCUCUGAGUGAGCGGCAAUGUGUAGAGACAGUAGUCAACAUGGGCUACUCAUAUGAUUGUGUCCUGAGAGCCAUGAAGAAGAAAGGAGAGAAUAUUGAGCAGAUUCUCGACUAUCUCUUUGCACAUGGACAGCUUUGUGAGAAGGGUUUUGACCCUCUUUUAGUGGAAGAGGCUCUGGAAAUGCACCAGUGUUCAGAAGAAAAGAUGAUGGAGUUUCUUCAGUUAAUGAGCAAAUUUAAAGAAAUGGGCUUUGAACUGAAAGACAUUAAGGAAGUUUUGCUAUUACACAACAAUGACCAGGACAAUGCUCUGGAAGACCUCAUGGCCCGGGCUGGAGCCAGCUGAGACCUGGCCCUGCCAUGGCCCUGCCACAGCACCACCAUUCCCUAAGGAAGCCCUGCACAGCUCAGUUGUGGGGAAGACGGGACAUGCUUCCAGAUUUCCUUUGGGGGUUAGAAGGUCAGAUGUGGAGGUGACGCUUGUUAGUCUGUGAGCCCAGGCCUGAGCUGGGAUGUAGGAAGAUUUGGGCAUACAUACGCCCUCUACUCGUUCCCUCAAUAUUAAACAUAUCUGUAUUUUGAGAAGUGUCCUUCCCACUUUGGCCUUUCAGAAAGAAUACUUGGUUCUUUCUGAGGUCUCUUAUGUUCUCAGCCACAACCUGGCCUGGCUACCAAGAAGAGUGGGAAGACAGGAGGAGCAGGCUGCUACUGCUUUGGGGCUAGCAACUUUCCUCUCGCUGCACCACUGGCAGACUGGGCUCUAACCAAGUGGAAUGCAACUGAGAGGUUCUUCCGGGGGCCCGCCUUCCCCCAUAGCCCUUAGUGUUACACUGGUUCUGGAAUGUCUCUGCGGUACAAAGAUGCACUUUUUUCCUCAUGGGGCAAAGUCUGCCUCUUCUGCCAGGCAGUUUCCAUGUGCCCCUGUUCAGACUGUUUCUUUUGGCUUAGACCAUAAUCCUCUGCUGCCUGGGGCAUUGGAGCCCCUGUGCUAGGAAGCUGUCAGUUUGAGUAAUCGUUGGCCCCUCCCAGCACAUGGGUGAGAAAACAGGCCAGGACUUGUCACUCAGCACUAACCCCCAGUUCUUGAACAGCCUCUUCCAGCCCUGCUUUAGGAUGACACAAUGAAUAACACCUAGGCAUAGAAACCAGUCUCUUUGGUUUGUUUGUAUUAUGUUCUACAACAUUAAAGAUCUAAAUACAAAGGAUAUAAUACAGUCUUGAAUCUAAAGUAAUUUGCUAACUAUUUUGAUUCUUCAGAGAACUACUAAUAAAAAUCUAAAAGGUA